UGACCAGCUUAGGUCAGUACAGUCGGUCGUCAGAGAUUGAAACUUGUAUGCUAGGUGUCGUUGAAAGGUGGUCUGUCAUUACGUUACAUACCUCCCGACUUGUGCAGAUAAUGACUUAUUCAGUAUAGGCUACUUCAAAAUCAGUGUUUCCAUAGCAAUCCUGGUAUAAGUAACAGUCAUCAUCCAUCCUGCAAUGUGCGUCAGUCUCGAACCGGAACUCGAUUGCAAUCGCACAUACGCCAGGCUGCCUACUAAUGACCCAAUUUGGAGUCCUACUAUGCUCUGCACAGGAAGGUGCAGUUUUCCUAGUCUGGCUAUUCGAGUUUGCGUUUCCAUGACAACGCCUCUAAGGUAUUGAAAGAAGUAUGUUGCAGGAUGUGACUGACAUAACGUAGUCAAGCUGGGUAAUCCUUCUCUGAUCGGUGCAAUGAUUUUAGGAGAACAGCCUACAUGAUAACUUGGACAAUAUAAAAGCAUGACGGUCAAGAGGACACAAGAACACCCCAACAACUACACAUAUCGUCUCUUCAACUUACAUCCCAUAUCCCAUACAGUUCAAAUCUACGCCAUGUCUUCCGAGACCCCGACAACUGCUCAGAGCAUCCUGUUCCUUCCUAACCGCCUCCACUCUGCUGAUGCCCAUUCAGUCCUGGAUGCAUUCAGGACUAACAAUGAGGACUCCAACUCAGACAAUGAGUCUGCCGAUGAUCAUCCUCCCCCUUCUCCGACUGGAAGCUAUCUCUCCGUUAUGCCGCCCGGACAUAUCCUACCUUCUGAGCUGAGACUACACUGCCUUGUUCGAGCCCCUCGCGCUACUGGUACUAAUUCUUUCACCCAAACAGCGCAGUAUGUGCGCAAUCUACCUGAGGCGUAUCGGCUACGGAGAGUGUUGCGAUCUUACUCUCUCUGGGAUAAUUGCAAAGCAUAUGCCGACCACUUGGAUCAAGGUCUAACUACGUGGAGCACUCGAGAUGAGCAAGCGCAUGAUCUACCCUCUCGCGACCAGCAGACUCGUGCGGUUCAUCGUUUAAAUUCUUGGUUCAUUACUCACAGCCAAGGCCAUACUAUAUCCGUGAAUUGCGAAGCAGCAAUUCAAGAUGAAGUUGUGAAACAACUGCUUGACCCUUUGAAUAUGCUUCUGGAGACUCGAUAUGACAACAGCGUCUUUGAACCACCAUUUGACGAGACCGAGGAGGAUGUACCUGAGAGGCCAAACGAUUCAGACCAAGAGUCAGAUGCCGAGGGAGAACAGCCAAAGAAGGAUCCCAAAGUUCCACCUACUGGGUGGCUCGAUGACGAUUGCAAUCCAAUCUCGGCCCCUGGGGAUGUAUGUAUGCCCCAUUGGACACGUGCCAUUUCUGCAUUGCAUGGCGACCGGAAGGCAGGCCGUUCCAAAGCCGGAUUUCCUGAUUUUAUCUUACUCUGUGGCCCGCAACAUCUUCACCAUGGUGCAUUUGCGGAGAUAAAGACAUUUUGGACAUAUUCUGACCCUUUCUUGGAAGGCGUGUUCAGUACCCCAACAAUUACAGAUCACGGUGUGUUUGAUUGGGACGGAGUGAGUGCGGAAGAGUCUCUGAUUCGCCAGGUCUGGGGAGAGAUGUAUGCCUUCCGCUCCGACUACGCAUUCUUCACCAAUGGCAGCAAAGUGAUACUGUUCAUUCGAGUAGGCCAAACCUCUCUGUGCGUUUCUGAAAUCAAACGCUGGGAUGACCCAGAUGUUAUCCACGCGUUGAUUGGGCUUUCGUUCAUUUCCAUUGACUAUAAAUCCCCUGCCACAAAUUCAGAAAACGUGGAAAGUCGCUAUUUCAUCGCAGCUAAGCUUUGUCCUGAGGCUGACCUUGUGCUUGACUGGUCAAAGCCCGGAGCCGCUUGUCCUCGAACGCCUGUUCCCUCGGAAAUUCUAGCUCUGCUUCAACAGGACCGCAUUUCAUCAACACCUGCUCCGUCAUCCAGUGCAUCAGAUGCCGGAUUAGAACCUCACCUCGGUGCUUCACAAGAUUCUUCUGCCGCUCCUGCUGUUGCUCAGCAUUUCCCACAUGGUUCCCAAGGUAGCACUCCUGCUGCGAGUCGUUCACAGUCUCGUGUACGUCAUGCUGUUGAUGGCAGUGGUUCUCAAACACCCCCAGAUCCCCAGCGACGGCGUGCAGGAGGUUUAACUCGGCUCUCCAAGCAACCCGAGGCCUUCAAGGAAUAUAAGAUCAGAGCUGAACAGAAUCGGGAGCUUUUUAGCUCGUCAGAUUCAGAGUGAGAUGGAUGGCUUUUUCCGUAACGGUUUGUGUAGAGAGAAUGAUGUUAUCCUUGUGUUUUGUAUUGUACUAGUACUAUCAAGCCUAUGUGAUCUAUGAACUGAAUCUUC